AUGCAGGCAGCGAAGGAGGAUUCAGUCGGCGAGCUGCAGACGCUGCUGGCAGCUGGUGCGGACGUGCGGGCGAGGGAUGAGGGCGAGCGCAGGUACACCGCCCUACACUGGGCAGCAGAGAAGGGACAUGAGAAGGCUGCGAGGUGCCUGGUGGAGGCUGGAGCAGAGGUCGACGCCAGGAGCAGCGACCGGCAGGAGACGCCCCUGCACAGGGCUGCAUACAAUGGCCACGAGGCUGUGACGCGGCUGCUGCUGGAGGCAGGGGCGGAGGCUGAUGCCAGGAGAAAAACGCAGAGCACGCCCCUGCACCUGGCUGCAUAUCAUGGCCACGUGGCUGUUGUGCGGCUGCUGCUGGCGGCCACUCCUUACCACAACGCCAGGAAUCAGUGGGGGCGAACACCGCUGCACUAUGCGGCUGAGAACGGCCACGCAGAGGCGGCUUCUGCACUGCUCGAGGCUGGAGCUGACCGCUGGGCCAAGAACAAUGACGGGAAAACCCCACUGGACCUCGCCACGCAGAACAACCACCAGCAGCUGAUAGACAUGCUAACCUCAGAGUCAUCAACAAUGGAGCCCACCAAUGAGGUUAUGGAGACCACAGCCGUGGACCUGGGCGCCCUUCUGGACGCAGGGGACGGCGCAGUCGUCACGCUGGUGGCGGGUGGCACCCGUCUCGUGGCGCACAGGGCCGUGUUGGCCGAUAGAAGUCCUGUGUUUGGCGGCAUGUUUCGGCACGACACACUGGAAGCCAGCGCCGGUGAGGUCGCAGUCCCGGACGUGGAGGGCCCGGUGCUGCGCCAGCUGGUCGCCUACCUCUACACCCUCCAGGCCCCUCAGCUGCCCAGCCUGGCACCCCAGCUUCUGGCAGCCGCUGAUAAAUACGGCGUGUCGGCCCUGAAGGCUCGGUGCGAGCAGCUCGUGGCUGCUCAGCUGUCUGUCGAGACUGCGGCGGCCACAGCUGUUCUGGCGAUCAGGCACUCCUGCACCAGCCUCAGGCAGGCCGCUGUUAACUUCAUAAAGGCCAACGUCACGCAGGUUAUGACCACGCGGGGUUGGGCUGACGCAGUGCGCACUCAUCCAGAAGACGUGGUCACACUGGGUCAGCUGCUCGCGGAUCCUCCAGCAGAAGCCAGCGCGCCGGCCUCUGCAGACGGCAGUGAGCCGCAGGGAGACCGCGGCCGCACCCCUGCCACUGCUGCGCCGCCCACGGCCAGCCGCACCGCUCCUCCGCCAGAUGACUCUGCCGUCUCUCGCCUGCGGUCUGGCUGCUGUACACAGAAAGCGGCAGAUUCUGGGGAUGCUAAGGCAAUGUACGAUGGUAUUAAGAAAGCAUUUGGACCAACUGUCAGAAAAACAGCUCCUCUGAAGUCCAAGACGGGUGAAGUCGUUACUGAUGAAGGCAACCAAAUGGAACGCUGGGUUGAACACUACCUCGAGUUGUAUGCAGCCGAGAAUGAAGUUAGCAAGGAUGCAUGUGACGCCAUCAAACAAAUGCCAGUUAUGGAAGAACUAGAUGCAAUGCCUUCUAAGGAAGAACUCAGUAGAGAAAUAGAUUCCCUUGGUAACGGAAAGGCCCCAGGUGAAGAUGGGAUCCCUGCAGAGGUUAUUAAGUAUAACAAGAGCCUUCCUGAAAAGGAGAAGAAGAGCAGGCUGAUUCAGGCAGCGAAGGAGGAUGCAGUCACCGAGCUGCAGACUCUGCUGGCAGUUGGUGCGGACGUCAGGGCGAGGGAUGAGGACGAAGACAGGUACACCGCCCUGCACUGGGCAGCAGGCAAGGGACACGAGAACGCAACGAGGUGCCUGUUGGAAGGUGGAGCAGAGGUGGACGCCAGGACCAGCGGCUGGCAGGAGACGCCCCUGUACAGGGCUGCAUACAAUGGCCACGAAGCUGUGGUGCGGCUGCUGCUGGAGGCAGGGGCGGAGGCUGAUGCCAGGAACAAAACGAAGAGCACGCCAUUGCUUGCGGCUACAGAGAAAGGACAUGUGGCUGUGGUGCGGCUGCUGCUGGCGGCCACUCCUUACCACAGCGCUAGGAAUCAGUGGGGGCGAACGCCGCUGCACUAUGCGGCUCUGAACGGCCACGCAGAGGCGGCAUCUGCACUGCUCGAGGCAGGGGCGGACCGGACCACCAGGGACAGCCAGGGAAAAACCCCACUGGACUUCGCCAGGGAGAACAACAACCAGCAGAUGAUAGACAUUCUAAGGAGGUCCUCGGGACACCAGAGUGCCCCUGGCUGCCAGCACUGGUCGCAGGUGGGAGCAGCCGAGUCCAGCCUCUGUGGUGGUCCGAGGCGGCUCCGGCUGAGUCCGCUCUUCAGGCGGGCAGUGUGCUCUGAGGUUAUGGAGACCACAGCCGUGGACCUGGGCGCCCUUCUGGACGCAGGGGACGGCGCAGUCGUCACACUGGUGGCGGGCGGCACCCGUCUUGUGGCGCACAGGGCCGUGUUGGCCGAUAGAAGUCCCGUGUUUGGCGGCAUGUUUCGCCACGACACACUGGAAGCCAACACCGGUGAGGUCGCAAUCCCAGACGUGGAGGGCCCGGUGCUGCGCCAGCUGGUCGCCUACCUCUACACCCUCCAGGGCCCUCAGCUGCCCAGCCUGGCCCCCCACCUGCUGGCAGCCGCUGAUAAAUACGGCGUGUCGGCCCUGAAGGCUCGGUGCGAGCAGCUCGUGGCCGCUCAGCUGUCCGUCGACACUGCGGCAGCUGCAGCUGUUCUGGCGAUCAGGCACUCCUGCACCAGCCUCAGGCAGGCCGCCGUUAACUUCAUCAAGGCCAACGUCACCCAGGUUAUGACCACGCAGGGUUGGGCUGAUGCGGUGCGCACUCAGCCUGAAGACGUGGUCAGACUGAGUCAGUUGCUCGCGAGUCCUCUGGCAGCAGCCAGCGCGCCGGCCUCUGCAGACGGCAGUCCGCGCCCCGGCAGUGGGCCGCAGGGAGACCGUGGCCGCACCCCUGCCACUGCUGCGCCGUCCACGGCCAGCCGCACUGCUCCUCCGCCAGAUGACUCUGCCGUCUCUCGCCUGCGGAACAUUCCGGAAAAGGAGAAGAACAGGAGAUUGAUUCAGGCAGCGAAGGAGGAUGCAGUCAAUGAGCUGCAGGAUCUACUGGCAGCUGGUGCGACCGUCGGGGCGAGGGAUGACCGCGAGAGCAGGUGGACCACCCUCCACUGGGCAGUAGAGAAGGGACAUGUGAAGGCAGCGAGGUGCCUGGUGGAGGGUGGAGCAGACGUGGACGCCAGGACCAGCAACUGGCAGGAGACGCCCCUGCACAGGGCUGCAGUUCAUGGCCACGAGGCUGUGGCGCGGCUGCUGCUGGAAGCAGGGGCAGAGGUUAAUGCCAGGAACAGCAAGCAGAGGACGCCCCUCCACCUGGCUGGGUACCAUGGCCGUGAGGCUGUGGUGCGGCUGCUGUUGGCGGCCACUCCCUACCACAACGCCAGGGAUCAGUGGGGGGACACGCCGCUGCACGAUGCAGCUCUGCAGGGCCACGCAGGGGUGGCAUCUGCACUGCUGGAGGCUGGGGCUGACCGCAGGGCCAGGAAUAUCCAGGGGAAAACACCACUGGACCUCGCCAGGCAGAACAACCACCAGCAGCUGAUAGACAUGCUAAGAUGA